UCCUUUUAUAAUUCCGUCAAUUUCGUGAAGAACAAUAACUGCGAAUGAAAAGUGAUUUCGGGAGAUAAAUUAGUAGCCUUUUCAUGUGAUUUUGUGAACUUGUGUUGGUGCAAAAUUAAUUGUAGACUGUAUUUGUAUAGUAUUUUUCGAGCAAAGUUCCCAAAAAAACGUACCGCUUGGUAGUAAUAUGAGUAAUGUUACCAACCAAAAUGGAACAGGUCUAGAGCAGCAGCUUGCUGGUCUGGACUUGCAGCCUCAGGCUCCUAAGAGUGCUGGCCGCUACAUUCCCCCGCAUCUGCGCAGGCAGUUGCAGGCCAACACUUCUCAAGGGGAAGAGUCUAAGCGCACUAGCUUAGACAGUCAUCAAAGCGAGUCGAGGGACAACCGUUCAUCAUUCGGAGGCAACUCUAGAGGCUACGACCGUGGUGGUCGGCGCGACGACCGCGAGCGUGACCGCGACCGUGACUACGAUCGCGGCUAUGAUUCGCGAUACCCGCGCAGGGACCGCGGUCGUGAUCAGGGAUAUCAAAAUGGCGAGUCAGAUCGCUGGAGCGAGAACGACAGAUGGGGUUCCGGCGGUGGUGGCGGCGGUGGUGGCAGCGGCGGCGGCGGCGGCGGCGGCGGCGGCGGGCGCGGCGGCAGCUCGGGCGGCGAGCGUGAGCGCGGCAUGCAGCGCGACGUGCGACGCGAUGAGGACUUCAACGAGCCGCCGCAGCCGCGCAACGACCGCUGGAAGGAGCCGGAGCCGCGCCCGGACGACCGCGGCAAUUCGCGCUGGGCCUCUGACGAUGUCCGCCGUUCAAGCUCUCGCAGGGAUGAGAAUGACUGGACGGUCCCGCUACCUCGCGACGAGCGGCAGGAGUUGGAGCUGUUUGGCACGGGCAAUACCGGGAUCAACUUCUCCAAGUACGAGGACAUCCCGGUCGAGGCCAGCGGUGACCGCGUGCCGGAUUUCAUUACUAGCUUCGAGGAUGUUAACCUGACGGAAAUCAUGCGGUCGAACAUAAGCCUCGCUCGCUACGACAAGCCCACUCCGGUCCAGAAGUACGCGAUCCCGAUCGUGCUCGGGCACCGGGACGUGAUGGCGUGCGCGCAGACCGGCUCCGGCAAGACGGCCGCCUUCCUCGUGCCCAUACUCAACCAGAUGUACGAGGCGGGACCGGUCAAGCAUAUGGGACCUUACAAUCGACGCAAGCAGUACCCGCUGGGCCUCGUGCUGGCGCCCACUCGAGAGCUUGCUACUCAGAUUUUCGAUGAAGCACGGAAGUUCGCCUACCGCUCCCGUGUGCGCCCUUGUGUGGUGUAUGGUGGUUCACCGAUCCAUGAGCAGUUCCGCGAGCUGGAGCGCGGCUGCCACCUGCUGGUGGCAACGCCGGGCCGCCUGGUGGACAUGCUGGCGCGCGGGCGCGUCGCGCUCGACCACUGCCGCCAUCUCGUGCUCGACGAGGCCGACCGCAUGUUGGACAUGGGCUUCGAGCCGCAGAUCCGCAAGAUCGUCGAGUGCCACACCAUGCCCAAGACCGGCGAGCGCCAGACUCUCAUGUUCUCCGCCACCUUCCCCAAGCAGAUUCAAGUGCUGGCGCAGGACUUCUUGAGCAACUACGUCUUCUUGGCGGUGGGACGAGUCGGUUCCACUUCUGAGAACAUUACCCAGAAGGUGGUCUGGGUGGAAGAGUCACAAAAGCGCUCGUUCUUACUGGACUUGCUGAACGCUUCUAACUUGCUGAAACGUUCCCGCCCCGAGGAGGAUCAACUCACCUUGGUGUUUGUUGAGACUAAGAAAGGAGCGGAUCAACUGGAGGAGUACUUGGACAGCGACGGGUACCCGGUGACGUCGAUCCACGGCGACCGCACGCAGCGCGAGCGCGAGGAGGCGCUGCGCCGCUUCCGCACGGGACAGACGCCCAUUCUCGUCGCCACCGCCGUGGCUGCUAGAGGACUCGACAUACCGCACGUGCGUCACGUGAUCAACUUCGACCUGCCGUCCGACGUGGAGGAGUACGUGCACCGCAUCGGGCGUACCGGCCGCAUGGGCAACCUGGGCGUGGCCACGUCCUUCUUCAACGACUCCAACCGCGGGCUCGCGCGCGACCUCGUCGAGCUGCUGGUCGAGGCCAAGCAGGAUGUGCCCAAUUGGCUGACGAGCACCGCUGCGGACGGGCGUCUGGGCGGCAGCGGCCGCCGCGCCGGCAGUCGCUCAGGCGGCGGGCGCUUCAGCAGCGCCGGUGGCAGCGGCUUCGGUGCCCGCGACUUCCGCACACAGCCGCGCCAGCCGCCGAGGAGCGCUGGAGCCUCUUCUAUCGGUUCUGGAUUUGGAUAUGGAAGCGGCGGCGGUUCAUACGGCGGCAACUACGGCGGGUCAUACGGCGGCGGCGGCGCCGGCGGCGGCAGCGGCGGCCCCGACUGGUGGGACUCGUAAGCGCGCCCGUCGCCUCGCACCCGCCCUGGACGCGUCCGCCGUCGCUCAUCUCUAACCCUAAGGGUCGCCACCAUCGAUACCUAACAUUCGCGGACAUUCAGAUUCAUGCGGAUUUUGGAUCUAGAACAGCGUAUAAUAACAACGCAAUAAUGAGAUAUAUUAUUUCCGACACUUUUUAUUUAUAAAAGAUACUUGAUUUCCCUAAUAAUUAUGAAAUCAUGCCUAUCUUUCAAGUGCUCUGGUAGCACUCUUAUUUAUUAUCUCAAGGAGACUAUGCAGGAAGUAUUUUUCUGCCUUCUUUUGAAAUAACAUAAUUUUAUACACGGCGAAACAAUGUACUAUUAGGGGAAAUCAAUUAUUUACUUAAUAGCUAUAAAAUUUUCAAAUAAAUACAUAUUUAUGUCAUCAUGUUUAUUACUUGAGUAGUUAUCAAGCGAUAAAAAGUUUGCCGU